AAUAAAAUCAAUGCUUCUUCUAAAUUAUGCACAUCUAAAAAAAUCAAAUUAGAGCCAAAGAUAUAUGAUCUUACUUUGGAAAGUGAUGGUUUAUUAGAUUCUUCCGAAUCUAAUAAUAACA